AGGAACGCUAAAACCCGAUCCAAAGAUGUUAAUACAACAGUGAAUCUCGCGCAUGCACGGUGCGCGGUCGUGCGCGCAUACGUAGAGCUACGUUUUUUGUGUCAAAAAGUGAACUUUGCACUAUUAAAAUUACCGGAUUUGAAUUCGAAUAUUGAAUAUCGUGAGAAUAACCAAAAUGGCUGACCCAUCGCAAGUUCGCUCGUUUUACGCGGGCAAAAACAUUUUUAUCACUGGAGGAACUGGAUUUGUUGGAUUGUGUUUAAUUGAGAAAAUAUUGCGAUGUAUACCAGAUGCUGGUAAGAUUUAUCUGCUAAUGAGACCCAAGAAAGGCAAGGAGAUAGCUGACAGACUGCAAGAAUUCCCCAAAAAUCCGGUCUUUGAAAAGCUUCUAGAAAGCAACUCGACUGACAUAUUUAAGAAAUUAAUCCCCAUUGCUGGUGAUGUCGGUGAAGAGAACCUCGGACUAAGUCCCCAAGACCGUCAGACUAUCAUAGAUAAUGUGAAUGUGGUGAUACAUUCCGCUGCUACCCUGGACUUUCAGGAGAGUUUGAGACCAACAGUUAAUAUUAAUUUACUCGGAACCAGACGAGUUAUGCAGCUGUGUAAGGAUGCUAAGAAUUUGAAGGUUAUGAUCCAUGUAUCUUCAGCAUAUGUGAACUCUUACUUGACUGAAGCUCAUGAGAAGGUUUACGAGGCUCCUGAAGACCCUGAAAAAGUGAUCUCCUUAGUCGGUACCUUGAAUGAUGAGGGUUUACUUGAAGUUGAACCAAAGCUCCUGAAAAGUCACCCCAACACCUACACUUUCACGAAGCAUCUGGCUGAACAUGAAGUUGUUAAAUGCGCUGAUCUGUUCCCUUGCACCAUUGUCAGACCUACUAUGAUUGUAGCAUCGUGGAAGGAGCCAGUGCCAGGAUGGACCUGCUCCAAAGUUGGACCUCAAGGUUUCCUCAUGGGAGCUGCUAAAGGCGUAGUCCGUCGUCUCCCGCUUGCAAAAGAGAAUGUAGCCGACUACAUCCCAGUCGAUGUAGUAGUCAACCAGCUACUGGUCGCCGGCUGGGAAGCUGCUAACUCCAGAUCAGGUCUAACAGUAUACCACUGCUCGUCAUCGACCUGCCACCCCUUUACGUGGUCUAUGCUUGAUGAUACCGUCAACAGUAUGCUGCAUAAAUACCCCUUGAAGAGCGCUGUUUGGUAUCCCUACUUGAAAUUCGUGCCUUCACUCCUGAUGUUUAGAAUUUCAGCGAUAUUCGUGCAUUUCUUCCCGGCUUUAUUACUGGAUUUGAUGCUCAGAAUGACUGGGGGAAGACCUAUCUUAAUUCGUCUUCACAAGAACGUAUGGAAUUCUCUGAACCGGCUGGAGCGCUUCAUAUUCAGUGAGUGGAAGUUCCACAACCCCAACACGUUGGAACUCGCCACGAAACUCAACCAGACCGACAAGGAGCUGUUCUUUAUUGAUAUUUCUAAGUUAUAUUGGGUAGAAUACUUCAAGACUCUCCACUUGGGCGUGAGAAGAUACUUGAACAAAGAGAAGGAGUCCUCUCUACCGGCCGCUCGCAAGAAGGACACGGUCCUGCUCCUGUUCCACGUGAUUUGGCAACUGGUAAUCAUGGGUCUGGUCUGGUAUGUCUUCGCCUGCGCCACCGGUCUGACCCUAGCACACAGCGCUUGGGUAGCUCCCAUCAUAUACAUACUGUUUACUUGCUUAUAAACUUACUCUAACUCGCGCACUCAGAGUCAUUUAAUGGUAACUUAACCCAAUCCUUAGCAAUAGGCUACUUUCCUACUAGUCAAAUUCAAUACUUUUUUCGAAACGUCAAAAACGAUAUUUUCUAUGAACUUUGUAUAAAAUAGUGCAUUAUGACGUCAUAAGUUUUUGACGUCAAAUAGCAGACUUAUUUCUAGAAAUUUAGCUAGAAAAUAUCGAAAAUUAAAUAGUUCAUCAAAUUUAUGGAUGAGAGUGUGAUUAUUUUUUAUAUUUUAUUGUAUUGAAAAGUUGUAAUAAUUUAUUUUUGACCGAGGAUAGUACCCAAUUGUUUUCCAUACAAAAUCGUUACUAAGAAUAGUUUAAGUAAGCAUUAAAUGACUCUGAGUGUGGCAGUAAAAGUGAUUUCAGCAAAGUAUACUACAUUUAAUUUUGUCACCAAUCCUACUCUUCCCGUGGGUGUCGUAUACCCUACUAAUGGACUACAUUUGAGGCAGAAACAGGGCGCUUACUCUUAAAACCAAUCUUAAUUUCAAUCCAAUAAAAUGAGCUGUCGUCAGCGGUAUCUCCGAACUGAUACGAUCUUCAAACCUUCAAGAAAAGAGCAUACUCUUUUUUAAAAGGCCAGCAACGCACCUGUGACUCCUCUGGUGUUGCGGGUGUCAAUGGGCGGCGGUGAUCGCUUACCAUCGGGUGAUUGCCCUCUAUUACAUAAAAACUGUCUCUAGUAGUCGAAUCUGGUUGUUAGUUGUUAAAUUUAGGAAUUUUAUAAGGUAGUAAAAUACAGUCGACUCGAAUUACAGAGAGGUUCGAAUUAUCGAAGGUUUGAAUUAACGAGAGUCGACUGUAACGAUUUUAAAAAUACUAAAUAAUAAAUAUACUGAAUUACUAAGUAAUAAAUAUACUGAAUUACUAAAAAUAUUGUAUUACUAAGAAAUAUUUUCUUACAUUACUGAUUUAUAAUAUUAUUUUAUAAUGUUAUAUAACCAAGUAUUAAUAAUAUUUAGUGUUAAAUAGUAUUAUACAUUUUGAUGUGGUUUUAAGAGAUUAAUUUUCAAGCAAUAUUAGAUUUAUCUAACGGUAAAACGGGGUGAAUAGACAUUUAGAAUGCGAUGAAUUGAUGUUAGAAUAUUUUCCCAACCCUCUUAUAUUUAUUCACCCCUCUUCUGUAUCUAUUCACCCCGUUUUACGAUAUUUAAAGUUAGAUAAAAGAAAACUCAAUUUACUGAAUCUCAUUUUUAAUUUUUCGAUUAUUUUUCCAAAUAUUGUAAUGUUUUUCUUUUAUUUAAUUUAAUUUGUAUGAAUCGAACAUACAAAAAAUUGUAUGUGUUCCAGUAAAAAAUAUGUUGUUCCGAAUUAUAAAGAUUUUCAAGUAGAUAGAUACUUGUAUUACGGUGCAUUUUACCAGAGAUGUGCUAUGCUACGUUGCUGUGGAUGCGUUUGGUUUCCUACAAUCAUAUUCAUUGGUACACAUAGCUACGCUACGUUUUUUAUAAGAAAAGAUGCGUGUUUUGGAUGCGUGCUAUGAAUGGCUUCCCUACUAUCAAUACAUCGCAUACUCGAGCUGCGCAUCUUACGCGCACAGCUACAUAGCUUAGUAUCAGUGGAAACGGUCACAUAGUUUCACAGCUUAGCUAUUACAUCUUCGUAGCAUAGCUACAUAGUACAUCUCUGGUGGAAAAGCACUCUUAUAAUGUAGUUUGAUUGUCGUAAUAAACGUAAUAUUUAGGUAAAAAGCGUGCAAUUAUUAAAAGAAAAUACUAAAUAUAUGUCAUUUUCUCAUUUGGAAAAAACAGUUAUGUAAUGAAAUUGGGUGGUAAAAGAUCCGUAUUUUGUCCCUUUAUAAGGGACGCCUAACUUUGUAUUCUCUAAAAAAGACUAAUUUUUCUUCAAAUCAUUCCUCGAAACUUAGUAUACCUAAGACGUCUUUUUUAUAUAAUUGUUAUAAUAAAUAAAUAAAUAAUAGUGGUGCUUGCAUAUACUUAUACAUUCCCAGUAUUGGUGUAAUGGAUUUUGUAGAAUUAAAAAUAAAGCGUUUUGUUAUA